AUGAUAGUUUAUUUGGGCAAACAAAGGCAACUUGCGACAGAAGAAAUUACAUCAACACAUGGCAUUCUUCUCCAGCUAAUUCGAAGAGUUGAAGACUUGGGACACAAAAUUUACAUGGACAGUUAUUUCAGUUCUCCUGCUUUAUUUGAUGAUCUUUUAGACAGGAAAAUAAAUUCAUGUGGCACCGUUCGCAAUGAUAGGCGUGGAGUGCCACAAGAAAGUCUGCCCAAGUCAAUGAAAUUGAAAAAAGGGGAUACUGUUACAAGAGUCAAGGGACAUCUAAGUGUUGUUUGUUGGAAAGACAAGCGUGAUGUGUAUGUUCUGACGAAUAUGCACCCUCCUCCAUUGGAAGGCAACUUCCGAGAUGAAUCUGGCCAUGCUGUCAAACCCCAUGUAAUUGAAGACUACAAUGCACACAUGGGCUUUGUAUAUAAAUCUGACAGGAUGGUAAACAGUUAUGGCAUUGCUCGGAGGACACGGAAGUGGACAAAGAAAUUGUUUUUCCACCUUCUAGAUAUGACUAUUCUAAAGCAUAUCUAUUACACAAGUCAUGUGGUGGAAAAAUGA